CUCCGGGCUCGGCCGCUGGAUGAAGGCUGCGGGGCCGGCGCGGCGCGGAGGGGGGCAGGCGGCCUGGGGGCAACGCAGGAGGCGGCGGCGGCGGCGGGGGCGGUCCAGCCCGCCAUGCCCGGCUCCCGGCUGGACGGAGGGGAGGGCGCCGCUGGGCUUAUGAGCCCCGCGCCCGGCGCCGGCGGCGGCUUCCCCCCGGAGCAUCCCGGCCAGCCGCUCCCGGAGGAGGAGGAGGAGGAGGGCUCGCUGGAGCUCGGGCUCGCCCUGGACCACCUCUCCAUCCUGGCGCCGGAGGAGGAGGCGGCGGCGGCGGCGGCGGCGGCGAUGAUGGGCGCCGGGGGGCUGGACUGCGCCGGCUGCGGGGCCGCCCCCGGCCUCGCCCUGCUGGAGCCCGACGGCGGCCCCCCCGGCGAACUCUUCGGCGCCUUCCUGGGCGCCCCGCCGCCGCCGCCGCUCCUGGCCGGCGCGCUGGGCAUCAUCGGCAGCCGCAAGCGGAGCGUCAACAUGACCGAGUGCGUGACUGUGCCCAGCUCCGAGCAUGUGGCCGAGAUCGUGGGCAGGCAAGGGUGCAAGAUCAAAGCUCUGAGAGCAAAAACUAACACUUACAUCAAGACACCGGUGAGAGGGGAGGAGCCCAUCUUCAUUGUGACAGGCCGGAAAGAGGAUGUGGAAAUGGCAAAGCGGGAGAUCCUCUCAGCUGCGGAACACUUCUCAAUGAUCCGAGCCACUCGCAAUAAAGUCAAUGGAGUAUCGGGAGCAGUCUUAGGUCCCCCAAACCUUCCAGGGCAGACUACAAUCCAAGUGCGGGUGCCUUACCGCGUGGUCGGCUUGGUGGUGGGUCCCAAGGGGGCCACCAUCAAGCGGAUUCAGCAGCAGACUCAUACUUACAUUGUGACCCCAAGUCGGGACAAGGAGCCUGUCUUUGAGGUCACUGGCAUGCCCGAAAAUGUGGACCGGGCUCGGGAGGAAAUCGAAGCCCACAUCACCAUGAGGACCGGCUCCUUUAUUGACGUCAGCACUGACAAUGACUUCCACACCAAUGGCACAGAUGUCUGCCUGGAUUUGCUGGGCGGCAGCACCUCCAGCCUCUGGUCCAAAGCCCCCAACCCUGCCCGGCGGUCCCUGUCUAGUUUGCGGAGCGAUAACCUUGGUUCCUUGGGUAACACUACCUCCAUGACAGAGCCUUAUUUUGGUGGCCACACGUCUGACGGAGCUUCUAGCUGCCCCUUCAGUGCCAACAACAGCUUCUCAUUCAACGAACCCCCUGCAUUUGGCGCAGACGAUGCUGAUUUCGGGUUCGAUUUCCUGGGCCUGGACAUCACGACCCCUACCACCAUCUGGUCUCCUUUUGAACCUCCCGGCAACCCGCUUCAGGCCUUCAGUAGUUCCUCUUCCCUCAACGGCACCUCCCAGAGACGAAACAGCAGCCUCAGUAGCACAGCCACACCCCGACAAUCGCCGACCCUCCCAGAGACGGGCAUGCCCCUGGAACAUCCUUUAGCCCGGCGCAUUCAAAGCGACCCUGUCAACACCCUCUCAUGGCUGCCAACCCAGGGUUCUCUUUCCUCAUUCUCUGACAGUACUGGUUAUUCUUCUUCUUCGUCCUUACCUGGCAGCAUUUCCGCCACCUCAGGCUCCCCGACGGAGUCAAGUAGCUCUGAUGGGCCUCGCAAGAACUCUCGGGAGUGCAUGGUGUGCUUCGAAAGUGAGGUUAUUGCUGCGCUGGUCCCCUGUGGCCAUAACCUCUUCUGUAUGGAGUGUGCAAUGCGCAUCUGUGGCAAACCAGAACCAGAGUGUCCUGCCUGCCACACACCCGCCACUCAAGCCAUCCACAUUUUUUCAUAGCGACUCCUCCAGGCCCUUCCCCCUCCUCCCUACAAAAACAUGGCUUUUUUGAACUUUAAAAUGUUUAAAACAACUUUUUUUAAAAUUAAAAAAUGGAGUUGGGCUGGUGGUGGGAAGACAGGAAAGAAAGGCAUCUAAUUCUUGUUGGGUGGGGCACAAAAUGGAGGAAUCGGAGUGGGAAGGAAAGGGCUAACAUAAAUAAGACUGGGGGAGGGUGAAUUGCAAGAGAUUGGCGGGGGGGGAGUUUUAAAAAGUUUACAGAAUAGCUUUAAUGUUCAACUUGCGUGUGCAACCCAGGUUGACCACAGUACUGGCUGUUCAUUUGUCUGUUUUGUUUUCCAAAGAACAGUAUUCAGUUUACAAAGAUAAAUAAAUUGAGCAGGAUUAAGGUUCAUAUGCACUUUUUAGGAAACAACGAAGGGUUUUUUUUCCUUUUUUUUUUUUUUGGUUAAAACUUUUUUUUUAAUACCUUAAUUUUUUUAUGCCAUUCUAAAAUUGUAUAUACAUAUAUAUUAUUUUUGUUGUGACGCCAAAUUUUAAUCUGUAUUCUGUCUGUCUCUGAAAUCCAUAGAAGAGGCAGGGUGGGAGUUGACCAAUAAGAGUAUUUGCUGAACACGGGUGGGGGGGAGACCAGAUGUUGUCAUAAUAAUGAAUUCAUGCAAAAAAAGAGAGAUUUCUAACUUUUUUUUAAGUUGAAUUUCUUUUUUAAAGUUUUAUUUUUCAACCUCUGUGUAUAUGUAGGGAAUUUCUAGAAGAAAAUUACUUUAUUGAAUAAAUUUUAAGAACUAAAUAUAUAUAUAUUAUUUUAAAGGGGGGGUAGGGGGAAUUGGACAUUUUAACCGUAUGGUGGCUAAAGUACUGAUUAUAUAUAUAUUUGCUGAGCUGACUUGACGGUUAUGAAACUUGUAUCCAGAGCUUUAUAUUUUUGAACUUUCAGAGCCUUGUU